AUGGAUAACGAGUUGACACAGUUUGAGAUAGAGGCGAUUUUGGGACCUGACUCCGAGUCAUUUGAAACUUUUAUCACCAUUCUCCGUUCGUCGGAGGCCGCUAACUCAGCGGUGGACAUGAUGAAGCAGAAGGAUCCAAACGCCUUUGUUCUUAAAAUUCUUAACUUUCUCAGCUCUUCCCAUGUCGACAUUGAUUCUCGUGAGAAGUGUGCUGAACUCCUUUCCAACUUACUUAAUGAUGAUGACUUAUGCACUUGGCGCAAUCUAAGCAUCUCCACUCAAUCUUCCAUCAAAUCUUUCCUUCUUAAUCCUAUCAUCAAUUUGGGAGAAUCAAAAUUCAUCAUCAAAGGGCGCUGUGAUACCAUGUACAAGUUGGCUGCUUCACUUCUCCCAGACAACAAUUGGCCUGAAUUAUUGCCAUUCUUGUACCAAUGCCUCACUGAUUCAAACAAUUACUUCAAAGCGUCAGCUUUCUUAAUAUUUGCUGAUCUAGCUGGGGACUUAGGUGAAACAAUAGUAGUCCCUUCUGCAAAGACUUUGCACUCACUAUUCCGUAAUACACUGAAUGAUGAUACCAUUGAUCUAAAUGUAAGGAUCGCAGCCGUGAGCGCUGUAAUCAGAUUCAUUCAAAGAUAUGCCGAGUUCAAAUGAAAAGGAGCGCUUCUAGGAUUUGUUGCCGGGAA